CACACACACACACACACACACUCCUGCAGAAGGUCUAGCGGUGUCUUCGAGUCUCUGCUCAGUUUCUUCUGGACGUCACGAUGGAUUUCAAGAACACGAAGAAAAAGAAGAUUCUUCUGUUGUCAGUGCUGUUGGCGGUGUGUGUGCUCGUGAUUAUUCUGGGUUUGGGUCUCGGUCUCGGUCUCCAGCUGCAAGACUGCAGGAAUAAAGGAGUGUCAGCGUCCUGCAGGAACCGUUGCUACGAGCCGUUCGAUGCGGAUCCUCCCUCCUGUCGCUGUGACAGUCAGUGUGUGGACACUGGCAGCUGUUGCUAUGACUACCAGGACAUCUGCCUCCUGCCCACUCAGAUCUGGGACUGUACGGCGCUGCGCUGUGGAGAGACGCGCCUGUCAGACAGUAAGUGUCACUGUUCUGAUGACUGUCUGAGAGCCGGAGACUGUUGCUCAAACUACAACAGUGUCUGUAAGGGAGACACGCAGUGGGUUCAGGAUGAGUGUGUGGACAUGAGCACAGCCAAAUGCCCUGCCAGUUUUAAGAGGCAGCCGCUGCUGUUGGUUUCACUGGAUGGUUUAAGAGCCGAAUAUCUGCAGACGUGGAGCUUACUAGUGCCAGUGCUGGAGAAGAUCAGAAAGUGCGGUACGUCUGCACCCUUCAUGCAGGCUGUGUUCCCUAGUAAGACGUUCCCUAACCACUACUCUAUAGCCACAGGUCUGUACGCCGAGUCACAUGGGCUGGUGGAUAAUAACAUGUACGACCCCGUGUUCGACGCCUCCUUCAGUCUGUCCAACAGUGAGAAGAACAAUCCCAGAUGGUACCAGGGACAACCGAUCUGGAACACUGCCAUGUAUCAGGGACUGAAAGCUGGAACGUUCUUCUGGCCGGGAUCCGACGUGCCCAUAAACGGGAGUUUCCCAGAUCUGUACAUGGAUUAUGACGGUAAGGUCCCGUAUGAGGAGAGGGUCUUCACUGUUCUACGGUGGCUCCAGUUGCCAGAGGAUAAACGGCCGGACUUCCUAACGCUGUACCUGGAGGAGCCUGAUAGUUCUGGACACAGUUUUGGACCCGUCAGUGGAGGACUGAUCAUGGCUCUGCAGGGUGUGGACAGAGUCAUCGGUCAGCUUAUGAACGGCCUCAAACAACUCAACCUUCAUCAAUGUGUUAACAUCAUCAUCGUCGCAGAUCACGGUAUGGAGGAGACCAGCUGUGAGCGUAAAGAAGCUCUUCAGGAUUUUGUGGCUGAUGUUGAUCAUCUGUUUGUCAGUGAGGGUCCGUUUGGACGAAUCAGAGCAAAAGACAAAACACACACAUUGGACGCGGCUGCGCUCGUGGCAAACAUGUCGUGUAAGCGUCCUCAGCAGCAGAUCAAGCCGUACCUGAAACACCUGUUGCCCAAACGCUUCCAUUACGCCCACAACAGGCGCAUCGAGGACGUGAGUGUGUUAGUGACCCCGCGCUGGCUCUUCGAGAGGUCUCCGGGGUCUCUCACAUUCUGUUCCGGAGGAAAUCAUGGAUAUGAUAAUGACAUCUACAGUAUGCAGGCCGCGUUUCUCAGUUUUGGACCUAAAUUCCUCUUUCAGACGGAAGUGGAUCCGUUUUCCAACAUUGAGCUGUACAACCUCAUGUGUGAUGUGCUGGAGAUCUCCCCAUCCCAUAACAACGGGACCCACGGGAGCCUGAAUCACCUGCUGCGGGCCCCGGUCCACCAGCCUGAUCCCCCGCGCGAGCAGAGCGGCCCGAUGCAGUGCCCGGUCACCAGCCUGGAGCCCACACACACACUGAGCUGUAGCUGCGCUGCACUGAGUGGAAGUGACAUCAACAUGCGCUUGAAUCUCACCGAGGCUGAAGUGGAAGACAGUGAGCGACGGCACAUGUUGUUUGGCCGUCCGCGAGUCCUGCAGUCUGAUGCUGAAUACUGUGUCCUGAAUCAACACGGCUUCAUCACGGCCUACAGCACACACACACACACACCCGUCUGGAGCUCCUUCACUGUGGACAGAACGGCAGGAAGUUCUCCGGUCGUCUCAGAUUGUCUCCGAGCGGACGUCAGGAUUCCAGCCAAUCAGAGCGCAACCUGUGAGCAGUUCAACAACUCUGGCGUCACGCACGGCUUCCUGUAUCCGCCCAAUCUGAACAGCUCGUCUGAAGAUCAGUUCGACGCUCUGACACUAGGAAACGUGGUGCCGAUGUUCCCACAAUUCAAGAGACUCUGGCAGUAUUUCCAGGAGGUUCUGCUGCUUAAAUACGCGUCUCAGUAUAACGGCAUUAACGUUGUCACUGGCCCGGUGUACGACUACAACUAUGACGGACGCUUCGACUCUCGGGAUCAGAUCCAGGAGUUGGUUGCAGGUUCGUCUGUUCCUCUUCCCACUCAUUAUUUCGCGGUGCUGACGAGCUGCCGGGACGAGACGCAGGCGGUGGGCGAAUGUUCCGGGGAACUUCAGAGCGUUUCCUUCCUUCUGCCCCACAGAGAUGAAAACACAGAGAGCUGCGCGGAUGACCAGCCGGAGUCCCAGUGGGUGGAGCCUCUCCUGUGGAUGCACCAAUCACGCGUGAGGGAUGUGGAGUGGAUCACGGGAUUGGACUUUUUCCAGGACAGCAAUCGUCCAAUCGCUGAGCUCCUCCGCCUUAAGACCCGCCCCACUGCCGCCAUCCAUCCCAAAGCUUGAGUCGCUGAACGCCACUGAUUCCUGUUCGUGAUUUAUUAUAUUUAAUUAUAAGUACCUCUUAUCGUUAAUAUAUUUAUUGAAUGUAUUAUCAUGUUUCUCAGUAAGAGCAUCUGUGCUGUAGAGGGAAAAAUAGAUUUCAUUCCCGUUCCUGCUCUUAUUGGUUUAUGAUUAAUUAAUUACAUCACAUUACACGCUUCAAAAAUAAUAAUAAAUGCUUAAUGAGUUUUUCUGUCUUGUUUCCCAGUUAAAUUAUAUAAAAAAUCCUUAAAUUCGCUUGAGAAGCAACUUUGUCUUUCUGCACUGGCUUGUUUUUAACUUUCUUUGUACUGAAAACAGACAAAAAUCACUCGUAUCUAAGCAACAGUCCAUGAAAAGGAGUCUUGCUGUCUCGUGCGGUGUUAAGUCUCCAGUCUGUAAAUUAUUUAAAUUUUAAAUAUUUCAAGGAUUUUUAGACACUUUAAACUUCAAGUGAAAAAUCUAAUUGGAAACAUUUUAUGAAGUCAUUUUUGCAGUGAGUUUAUGUUUGUCAAAAAAAUGCAUUAAAAUGAUAUGAAAACA